AUGCCGUCCUCCUCCCAUCUCCAGAGCAGACAAUAUGCCUUUGUAACCCGUGUUAACGUAUCAACAGGUGGAGGUCGUGGAUUGGGACUAUGCAUGGCCGAAGGGCUCGUAGAGGCUGGUGGCAAGGUGCAUUGUCUCGACCGGUUACCAGAGCCCCCUCAAGCAUUCCAAGAGGCUCAGGGCCGUCUCAAGAGCAACAUCGGUGCAGGUCUGCAGUACCAUAGGGUGGACGUUACAGACGAGCAGGCGAUGCGAAAGUGCAUUGGCGACAUUGCCUCGGAACACCAAAGGCUUGACGGCCUCAUUGCAGCUGCCGGCAUCCAGCAAGUCACACCCGCGAUCGACUUCAAGAAGGAAGACAUCGCAAAGAUGCUCGACGUCAACUAUACCGGCGUGUUCCUAGCAGCCCGAGAAUGCGCCCGUCAGAUGAUGGAAUACAAGAUUCAGGGCUCGAUCUGCCUGGUCGCAAGCAUGAGUGGCACCAUUGCCAACCGAGGCUUCAUCGCGCCCGUUUACAACUCGUCCAAGGCGGCCGUGGUGCAGCUGGCACGAAACUUGGCCAUGGAGUGGGGGCGAAAGAAUCCAGAUGGUUCAGGGGGUAUCCGAGUGAACUCUUUGAGCCCAGGUCAUAUCGUCACGCCGAUGGUGCAAGCCAACUUCGACAAGGGCGAGGCCAGCCGCGAGGAAUGGGAGAACAACAGCAUGUUGGGCAGGCUCAGCACCCCUGAAGAGUACAAGGCUGCGGGACUGUUCAUGUUGAGCAAGGCGAGCAGCUACAUGACUGGGCAUGAUCUGAAGCUGGAUGGCGGUACUACCGCUUGGUAA